AUUUAAUAUCUUUAUUUUGUAGGUCGUGCAUGGUUUGCCAGAUAAAAAAACUUUUUAACUUAAAAAUUGGUUGAAAAAGAUGCUAAAACUUAUUCUUCAAGCAAAUGGCUGUGAAUGUAGAAUUUUGAACUUUUUCACGAUAAGAUGCCAUGGUCGAAUAGCAUAUUAUAGUAGUUCACAGAUAGAUAAAGAAGAAACAAGACAGUCAGUUUCUUCAAGCGAAAUGGAUCAAUUUCGAAAAUUAUCGUCUCAGUGGUGGAAGCCAGGCGGAAAGUUUGAAGCUUUACGUUCAAUGAACAAACUUCGUAUUCCUCUGAUCAAGAAGCUCUUGUCCAGUGGAACUGAACUUUUAAAGGAAUAUCCUUUAAAAGGAUAUAAAGUUUUAGAUGUUGGGUGUGGUGGAGGAAUUCUUUCAGAGCCAAUUGCACGGCUCGGUGCGGAGGUUGUUGGUAUCGACCCGCUACAAGAAAAUAUUGAGGCAGCCAAGUCCCAUUUAUCAUUUCAACCUGAGUUAAUUAACUUAAAGUACCAAUGUACGCUUUUAGAAGAGUUAUGUGCAAAAGAACUUUUUGAUUUAGUAGUUGUAUCUGAAGUACUGGAACAUGUUAAUGAGCCGCGCACUUUUGUUGCUUACUGCUGUAGUCACGUUAAACCUGGAGGAUACAUCUUGUUCACCACUAUAAAUAGAACAUUUAUUGCCUCAUUACUUGCAAAGUAUGUUGCAGAAUAUAUUUUUAGAAUUGUACCUAUAAAUACACAUGAUGAAAAUAAGUUUGUUCCGCCUUACGAGUUGACUGGUUACCUACAAAACAGUGGUAUGUACAAACCAACAUAUUUAGGAAUGUCUUUAAAUCCACUUACGAUGCAAUGGAGUUGGAUUCCUUCAACGCUUGUAAAUUAUGCAUGUCAUGCGCAGAAGCCAUUAUCAUAAUUUUUAACGUUGUUUUUUAAUUUUUAAUUUUUUUUUGGAUAA